UUUCCUUGUACGGAAAGAAGAAUGUCGAAGAAAAAAUAAGAAGCCGAUUGUCAUUUGUCUUAGUUUUUUUAAAAAAAAUGUUGGCAACGCUGCUUGCAAGACCUCUAAAUCUAAAUCUAUAGAGCAAAGAACGACGCAAACGCUUAGUUAUUCUGUGUUAUGGCCGGAUAUACCGAGGAGCAAUUUUGGGCUAACCAACACAAUCAAAAUACUUACGAUGGAUUUGUAGAUCAGUCUCAGACACUAGAUUUUCAAUCUUUUGACAACAAUGCCAGCUUUUUCCCUCCUAAUGCUUAUCCCUCACCGCAACAAGGAUACGGACAACCAUCUAUAUUUACACCUGAAAUUCCGCAACCAUCAAUCUCUCAAGUCUACGGUGGACCAAGUGACAUUCCUGGUAGCGUUAGUGGAGAGUCGAACGAAUUUGAUGAACCGCCGUUAUUGGAUGAAUUGGAAAUUUAUCCCCAGCGAAUUAUGGACAAAUCCCUCGCCGUGUUGAAUCCAUUCCACGCACAAAGUCUAGUGGAUAAUCCCGAAUAUUUUUUCAAAGAAACCGACCUUGCUGGACCGAUAGCAUUUUGUCUUACACUUGCUGCAUGUUUAUUCGUAUCAGGAAGCAAAGCACAAUUCGGCUAUAUAUACGGCCUUUGUGUAAUAUCAGUCAUAGUAAUGUAUGUGCUGAUUACAUUAAUGUGCAACUCUACAGAAAACUACGUAACGAUUACAGCUGUAGCAAGUAUUCUAGGUUAUAGCAUUUUACCGAUUGUAUGGCUCUCUAUCGUCGGAAUAUUUUUUGCCCUGAAUACGGCGUUCGGAAUUGCUUUAGCCAUUUGUGCUAUUUUUUUAUCUACGAUGAGUUGCAGCCGAAUUUUUUGUAUUAUGACCGGUGAUUCUCACCAACGUUACUUAAUUGCUUACCCAUGUGCACUCGUGUAUAUUAUUUUUACCUUGCUCGUACUAUUCUGAAACAAUAUAUUUUUUAUUUCAAUCCUAUGUAUUCGUAACUUAUCUUCGAGUUAAAAACAAAUAAAAAAUCUAUUUCUUAUCCUUCAAA